CGAUAUCUUCUCGUUUCUUUUUCACUUUUGCGGUUUGGAUAGCCAUUAAUAGCUAAGCUACACAACCUCUCCAUGCUAUGAAUUCUAUCUCCAUAGUACAAAUACUCAACCUUUUUUUGUCUUUAGAAUCACCAACUUCUUAACUCACCAUUCACUCGAACAUUCUUAGAAAGCUAGAUCAUGAACAGAUGAACUCAUCAUCCAACAGAGAGAAAAUGGCUCAGUGGCAAUACUUGGGACGAACGGAGGGCGUAAUUGGAAUUUUCGCAAAGGUUCUGAAAGAGAGGCAAAGACUAUUUUUUUCCUCCAGGGUGGUAGAAAGUGGCGGCCACCAUGGACCGACCAAACCGCCCCUUCGUACACACAGUGGAGUCGACGACGACGAUGAUGAUGACUGUGUCUUCGCUUUGGCCGACUGCGACGUUCCUCCUUUACUUUUCCUCUUUGGCGACUACCAGCCAAAUUCCCCAGCCUCCCAUCUCCUUUUCCUUCCUUUCUUCAACCUUUUGUGGCUUGUACGUUCUUUCGUUUGAAUGAAAUUGGAAUCCAUGGAAAUGGGAUCCACACGCCCUCUAGCUACCUAUUCUGUUUUUUCCACCAUGUUUAAAUGUUACAAGGACUAUGUAUAUCCAAUAGGGGUUACUAUACGGUCCGGUCCGGUUAAAUUGAACCAAAUUGAUCCGGUUCCAGUCUGGUCUUUUCGGGAAUAUAAGGACCAAAGAUUGGAUUGGAUACAGUCCGGUCUUGACCCGGUCCGGCCCCAAUUUUAUCUUGAUUUUAGGUGUUGGGGGUCUCUUAUCCGGUCUUUAUCCGAUUUUAAUACAUCAAAUCUAAGCCCGAAUAUGAUAUUGCAUUAUUUGCUAUCCGGUCCCAGUCCGGUUCCGGUCCGGGUUAUACGGUCCGAUUUCGGGUAAAACCAAACAGUCCGGGACCAAAUAGCCAGCCCUAAUAUGCAAGCAGCAAGUUGAAGCCAAUAUCAUUAAUCAUGAGCGCGGUGGACAUGAUGUAUCCAAGAUUCAAGUUAUCAGCGUGUCUUGUUCGUGAAGACAUAUAAAGUAUGGGAUGGGAUGGGACGGGACGGGACGAUGAUAUUCUUCUUUGAUAUCAUUGGCAUUGGAACGAUGGUCAACAAUUAUCAGUUCUGUCAAAUUAAUGAUCAUACAAAUUAGGUCAUACGACCGUAGAUUUAAAAACACGAUGCAUUUUUCUCUAGUACUACUAUCUAGAUGAUGAUAUCGCACUUAAUCAACCCCACGUCUAGACAAAAGACCAAUAUCAUCAUACUUUUAACCUAUGAUGAUCAUUGGCAAGAUAUUCCAAUUGGAAGAGAUUGGAUCGUGCUAGCUAGUAUACUAACCAACUUGUGAAAUAUGAGAAUCAUGGAAGUUAUGCUCUAAUUCUAGGUUAAAAAUUCAUGAUGAUAUUGAUCUUCCAUCUAGUACUAUAUAUGGACAAUGUUAGAUGAAGAACCGAACAUUAUUAUUUUUUAACAUAAGACGACCAAUCGAUGACUUCCAACCGAAAGUGAUUAGAACUUGUGAAAUAACAAAAUGAAUCCAUCCCUACGAUGGUCAAUUGACAAUCCUUUUUUACUCCUUCGAAUGUCAAGUUGUUGAAUAUAAAAUGAAAUGCAGUCAAUGCUUAAAAGAAAUUCCUUUGUUUAAUAUGGUAGAAGGAGGUAUGGACUUUUCUUCACCAAAUAAUCAAGAAGCUUCUGAUUGUAGAUUAAACUUCUUUUGACCGCCAUGAAAAUGAUUUGAUUCUUUUUAAAGUACGAGUAUGAAAAUUUAUGGAGAAAAAUAUGUCAAUAUUUAAAACUUUCAUCUCAAACUAUGUGUAAUUUUUUUAUGAUGUCGCUUUAUGAUACCAAUAACUAAUCGUACGUUCACGAUUUGAAGAAAAGGAAGUGGUGAUU